AUGCUCAUUGAAGCUGGUAUUUUCUUCGUGACAGCGGUACUAACCUACCUGUACUACAACUACAAGCAAAUACAUAACUACUUCGAUGCCCGAGGAAUUAAAUAUGUGCCCGGAUGGCCAGUCUUUGGCAAUACAAUCCAGAGUUCAUUUAAAAAGACGCAUAUGGUUGAGGAUUUAGAUGCUGUGUAUAGAGCAUAUCCUGAUGAGAGAUAUGUCGGUUACAUAGAAGGAAAAACCAGGAUAAUCAUGAUUCGUGACCCGGAGAUCAUAAAGGCUGUGACGGUGAAAGAUUUUGAGCAUUUCGUGGAUCACAGAGACUUUAUACCCGCGGAAGUUGAGCCUCUAAUGGGAGACAGUAUAUUCAGCAUGAAAGGUGACAGAUGGCGCGAUAUGCGAACUACUUUGAGUCCAGCAUUUACAAGCUCCAAGAUGCGACGAAUGAUGCCAUUUAUGAAUGAAAUCAGCGCUAAUAUUAUCGAAUACGUCAAAGAGCACAUAAACGAGGACAUUAAUGUUGACGACUUAAUCAGACGGUAUACAAAUGAUGUCAUUGCAUCAACUGCUUUUGGUCUUACGGUUAAUUCUCUUAAAGAUAAAGAUAAUGAGUUUUAUAAGACCGGCCAAGCAUUAUUCAACUUCCCGUUUUUUAGAAGAAUAAUUUUCAUUAUUAAUAUGCUAUUUCCUGCAGUGGCAAAGAUUCUGGGCGUACGUAUUUUUCCUCCAGAAGCUACUUCGUUCUUUAUGAACAUUGUGUCUGGCACGAUGGAGCAUCGAGAAAAAAACAACAUUGAGAGACCAGAUAUGAUUCAACUUCUCAUGGAUGCAUCUAAGGGAAAGCUCAAAACCGAUAAAGAAGGCACGGACGAUGUGGCUACAGAAUAUGGCCUAAAAUCAUCGAAUGCUUCUAGAAAUUGGUCUCAAUCAGAGUUAGCAGGUCAAGUAUUCAUUUUCUUUGCUGCUGGAUUUGAAAGCUCAGCCUCAACCUUAGUCAUGUUGCUUCAUGAGAUAGCCCUAAACAAUGAAGUUCAGGAGAAAUUGUACCAGGAGAUAAGAGAGUUUCAGGAGAAACACGGAUCACUAGUUUACGACCGAAUAAGUGAUUUGAAGUAUUUGGAUUGUGUAUUGAAUGAAGCGUUAAGAAAAUGGUCUGUAGCAAUUGUAGCAGACAGAGUUUGCACGAAACCCUAUGAAUUACCACCACCUCGUGAAGGAGGCGAACCAUGCAAGUUAAAUCUUAACGAUAUCGUAUACACUCCAAUCAACUCUCUCCAUAUGGACCCGCUUUACUUCCCGAACCCUGAAGUGUUUGACCCUGAAAGAUUUUCGGAUGAGAAUAAACAUAAUAUUAAGCCAUUCACAUUUAUGCCAUUUGGUGUUGGACCUAGGAUUUGUAUUGGUAUCCGAUUUGCUGUAAUGGAGUUGAAAGUGCUAUUAUAUUACCUAAUAGCCAACUUUAAGCUUGUGAAGUGCUCGAAGACGAGUGACCCACCGGUUUUGGCACCAGAAGAUGUCAAAAUUAUGGCGAAGGGUGGGAGUUGGGCGAAAUUUGAAGUCAGGAAAUAG